AUGGCAAGGAGCGACGAUAGCUCAAGCUACCCGGGACCAGGUUGUAAGGAAAGGCGAGAAAGGGAGAAGGAAAAACGCGACACCAAGCUGGCAGGCAACCGUGCUAAUGCAAUUCUAACGAAAGGAGAAGAGAAAACGGAAGAGAGAGGGAGGCGAAUUGAACGGGAUGAAGGAGAUGAAGGCGAAGAAGAAGAAGUGAAGUUGGAGGUUGGAGGUUGA